CUCAAGUGAUAGUCAAGAAUCAAGAGUCAGUCAAAGAGGCUCACACUAUGCGGUCCUGGGUCCCAACCAUACUGGCUAGUGCCAAUCUUGCUCUUUAUCUACCCCUCUUCCAUGGCUGUAGGAGGAUCACCAUCAAUAUCAAUGGAUAUCCUCUUCUCCGCAAUCGUAGGCGACCUCGUCAGCAGGUCGGCGUCCUUCGUGAUUAGCAAAUGCUUCCAGGAGCAGCCUGGCAUCGACAAGAUCCUCCAGAGGCUAGAGAGAGUUGUGUUGAGAAUCGACACCGUCGUCGAGGAGGCAGAGGGGCGGCGCAUCGCCAACCAGGGGAUGCUCCGUCAGCUGAUGCUGCUGAGGCAAGGAAUGUACAGGGGCCACUACAUUCUUGACGCCUUGAGAUUUCGUGCCAUUGGCGGCAAGGAGGAGGAGGAGAACAAGGAGGGUGCACUGUCUAAGUUCAGUCCAUCCAAACGGCUCCGUUUCACUGGCCGCGCCACCGGCAUUGGUAUCUGCAACAGAGAAGCACAGUUGUUUGGUACAAACAACAACAUACAAGAAGAGCUUGAGCGGGCAAUUGACAACCUUGAAGACACCAUGGCUGGUAUGAAGGAAUUUAUUUUCUUGUUCAAGUUGUAUCCUCGGAUGGUCCGCCAACCUUACGGCGCAUAUUUGCUCUUGGACAAUUGCAUGUUUGGUCGCCAAAUGGAACGGCAUCGGGUCCUUAAUUUCCUGCUGCGUUCCAGUGCUUCUCCAGAUUUGGCUGUGCUUCCCAUGGUUGGUCCAAUAAGAGCCGGGAAGACCACUCUUGUUGAGAAUGUCUGCAAGGAUGAGUGUGUGCGUGAUCGCUUCUCGAUGGUCCUCUUCUUUCCAGAAUUCUGUCUUGGGGAUGAAGGAGUGAUCGACCUGAAAGAGAAGAAUAUUAAUAUUAAUGGUCUGGUCAAAUAUCAGAAUUCUUCUUCUUCUCAAAACAGAUUGCUGGUUAUUGUCGAAAUAGCUAAUGACAUUAACCGCAGCACAUGGAGAAGGCUGAAAUCUUCCAUAGCCCGCAUGACACCAUGCGGUGGCAGUAAAAUCAUUAUCACCAGUCGAUCUGAUAGCAUUGUGAGACUGGGAACAACGGAGGCGCUUCGAUUGGACUAUCUGUCCCAAGAAGCCUAUUGGUAUUUUUUCAAGUCGCUUGUGUUUGGGAGCACAAGCUCUGAUGAGGAGCCAAAACUGGCAACCAUGGCCAUGGAGAUCGCUUUGGAACAAAGGCAAUGUUUCACAAGUGCGCAUAUCCUUGCUGGGAUACUGCGAGAUAACUUCAAUGCUCGAUUCUGGUGCACGGUUCUUCACUGUGUGAGAGCAUCUGUACAGACACAUCUCCUGAUGUUUGACCAGCACCCAAACCUUCGACUGCGGGAAGAUGAGCCGAUAUACUACUGGAGAAUGGAGAAGAGCCGUGGAUAUUUCCUGAUUACCAAGUAUCAUCAGUCAGAUUCAAGUGCACAAGUCCCUAGGAUCAGGAUGCGUGACAUUCUCCUGGAAUGUGGUGCUACACUACCCCGUGGAGAAUUUGAGGCUGUUGUGUGGACGUCUCGCAUACCGCCCUACUAUAACUAUACUAUAAGCUGUAAGAUGCAAGCACCGCAAGUGGCAGUGGGAAGGAAGAAGCGCGUGCUUCAGGAGGAACAACAUUUGAUUUGAGUAACACACUGUCAUGUAUGCCACGGCCUUGUUCUGCCAAUUAGGAAGCAUUGUUACACUAUUUUAGGAGUCUUGCCAUGUCCACCUCUUGUUAACAUAUAUGCCUGUUAGCUAGCGUGUAGGCGCCAGGCAUGGAGUCAUCAUAUCCUAGUUAUAGUAGUAUGUUGCCAGGUAUUGCAAGUCGAGUAUGUUGUGCAUGUGUUUGGGUAACUACUUUCAGAGUCAAGGCAGUGUUUCCAUUGCCAGUUGAAUUAGAGUCCAAGACGAUUUGUUUUCA